UCUGCCCAGCGACGGACCGAGCAGGUCGCCUCAGUUACUGCACGAGUCAAAUCUCACAAACGCACGUCGCUCUCAUUCGAUUCGCUUUGAGCUCCAAACAUGAACCCCGACAUACUAAACGAGAGGCAGAAGGCAACCUUUGAUGUCGAGAAACUCACCAACAUUUUGAACGGAGGCCUCGAGAAGACCAAGAGGAGACGAGAAAUCGAGUCCAUGGUCCUGAACGACCCAGACUUUGAGGAGGAGGACCCAAACUUCCUGUCCCGCAGUGAGCGCUAUGACCAAGCUGUUAGAAAGAGUGCUCAAAUGAUCCUCAAAUUGAGGGAGUAUGGCAUUGCGGACCCAGAGGAGAUCUACUGCUAUAAGAGCUGCGUGCACCCAGGCAGGCCCGAUCCCUUUGAUCUGCAUCUCGGAAUGUUCCUGCCCACGCUGCUCAACCAGGCCACGUCAGAACAAAUGGACCGAUUCUUCAUGCCUGCCUGGAACCUAGAGAUCAUCGGCACCUACGCUCAGACUGAGAUGGGACACGGCACACACCUCCGAGGACUGGAGACCACUGCCACAUAUGACCCAGCCACACAAGAGUUUAUCCUUAACAGCCCCACUGUCAGCUCCAUCAAAUGGUGGCCAGGAGGUCUUGGUAAGACCUCAAACCACGCAAUUGUACUUGCCCAGCUUUAUACUCGGGGAAAUUGCCACGGUCUACAUGCUUUCAUCGUACCUAUCCGUGACAUGGACACACACAAACCACUGCCAGGUAUUGUUGUUGGGGAUAUUGGACCCAAGUUUGGUUUUAAUGAAGUUGACAAUGGCUUUUUGAAACUUGACCAUGUGCGGAUACCACGGGAGAACAUGCUCAUGAAGUACGCCAAGUUGGACCCAGAUGGCACCUACGUCAAGCCGCCUAGUGCUAAGCUGACUUAUGGCACCAUGGUUUUCAUCCGUUCCAUGAUUGUAGGCGAGUCCGCUCGGGCCCUCGCAAAGUCCAGCACCAUCGCCAUCCGCUACAGCGCUGUCCGCCACCAGUCUGAAAUCCGGCCUGGAGGGCCAGAGCCUCAGAUCCUUGACUACCAGACGCAGCAAUACAAACUUUUCCCUGUGCUUGCUAUGGCCUAUGCCUUCACCUUUGUUGGGCAGUACGUGAACCAAAUGUACCACCGCAUCACUGGAGACAUCAACCAGGGGGACUUCAGUGAGCUGCCAGAGCUCCACGCUCUGUCUGCUGGUCUGAAGGCUUUCACCACGUGGGCAGCCAACUCUGCCAUUGAGGUCUGCCGCAUGUCAUGCGGAGGUCACGGCUACUCGCGCAGCAGUGCCUUGCCGGACAUAUAUGUUGAAUUCACCCCAACCUGCACCUACGAGGGAGAAAACACAGUCAUGAUGCUGCAAACCGCGAGGUACUUGAUGAAGAGCUACAGGCAGGCUAGAGCAGGUCAGCGGCUGCAUGGCAUUGUAUCAUACCUGAAUGAGUCAGAGCAUCAAAGAAUUCAACCACAGCUUGUCGCCGCAAGAUCGACUGGGCUCGAUAUUAAUGACCUGUCCAGCCUGGUGGAGAUCUACAAACUUCGAGCCGCCACUCUGGUAGAGCUGGCAGCCAAGAGCAUCCAGAAGGAGCUGCAACACAAGAAGAGCCAAGAGGAUGCCUGGAAUAAUAGUGCUAUCGACCUGGUCCGAGCCUCUGAUGCUCACUGCCACUAUGUGGUAGUGAAGCUCUUCGCUGACAAAUUGGGGGAGAUUGAUGCUGCCACCAUACACUCAGUGCUGUUGACGCUUGCUCGCCUCUAUGCACUUCAUGGCAUCUCGAACAACUCUGGAGACUUUCUUCAGGCUGGACUUUUGAACGGGUCCCAGAUGUUGCAGAUUACUACUUGUAUCAAGGAGCUGCUUUCUGAGCUGAGGCCAAAUGCUGUGGCAUUGGUAGAUGCCUUUGAUAUCCAUGACAGGAUGCUGAAUUCAGUCUUAGGGCGAUACGAUGGGAAUGUCUAUGAGCACAUGUUUGAAUGGGCCCGUCGCUCACCCUUGAACUCCACAGAGGUGCACGAGUCCUAUCAUAAGUAUCUGAAGCCCCUGAGGUCCAAACUGUGAGCUGAGCCGCACAUUCUGAUAGCGACCAUUUCUGCUUGUAAAUAUGAAAUGGACUAAUUCUUCAUUUCAAACCCCAACAAGUCUUAUUUAAUAAGGGGAAGAGACGUUUUUGACUGUCUAAAUCUUGUUUUAUUUAAUUUUUUUUAAAUAAAUUGAUUUAAAAUUGUUUAUAUACAUGAUGAGCAAUUAUAGAUUUCCAUGUCUUAAAAAAAAGAAUCCACUCACAUCCAUCAAACAUAUGUCCAUGAAACUUCAAAUUUAUCUAAUUAUGUAAUACCUUAAAAAAAAAGAAUCCACGCACGUCCAUGAAAUGUAUUUCCAUGAAACUUCAAAUUUAUCUAAUUAUGUAAUACUUCAUGUCUUGUCCACUCUUUUGUAGCCUGAUGGCAUUUUUUUGUUUUUCCUAAAAAGAACAAAACACACAACUCUGAAUAUUACCUAACCGUCCCUGCACCAAAAACUGUUUUGGUUAUUUUCCCAUAGACUGGGCUGUUUGUAAUUUUAUUGCAAGGACACAAUAUUGCCUUGGCAAUCAGUGGGGGGAAAAUUCAUGUAAGUUAAUGUUGCAACAGACAUUUUAUGUGCAUCUUACCUGAAGCAAAUUAGAACAGCUUCACCUCAGAAACGAUUGGCCAUUUACUUCCUAAAAUCUGUUAUUUCAGAGGGUUUCAGCUUGCUGGUUUACCUCUGUUUUGGCGUAGUGCUUGUAGGCCUUUUGAAACUAUUCAGCCACAGUGAGUCUACAAUGCACGCAAAGCUAUAUCGCUAUCACAAAGUAAACGUAAAAAUGAAAAUGAGCACGACCACAUUUUUCCUUGUGUGUAUGGAAGGCUGAGCUCAAUCUAGAGUUGAAAGGCAUUGUAAAAGAUCCAAUAUGGGCUUUAACGAACCACUUAAUAAAUAAAGGCACGUGAGGUGUUAUGUUCCUAAUGGGCUCUUUGCAAGUGAUCUCCCUCGUUGCAGAAAUACGGUUCGAUCUUUUCCGGUUUUGAAAAAUUGUGCUAUUCUAAAGGCUGUGUUUACAGGACUUACCCAAACUAACCAUCACAGACGUACGUACGUAUUUCUAAGUCCUCCUCUAAAAGACUAAGCAGGAAUUAUUACGAUGCAGACUUUCAACUCCCUCCAAAGAUUUUCCAUGGGGUUGAGAUCUGGAGACUGGGUAGGCCACUCCAAGACCUUGAAAAGCUGCUUACGAAGCCACUCCUUCGUUGCCCGGGCAGUGUGUUUGGGAUCAUUCUUCUUUUCCUUUCAGCUUGUCCCAUUAGGGGUCGCAACAACGUGCCAUCCUUUUCCAUGUAAGCCUAUCUCCUGCAUCCUCUUCUCUAACACCAACUGCCCUCAUGUCUUCCUUAACGACAUCCAUCAACCUUCUCUUUGAUCUUCCUCUACCCCUCUUUUCCUGACAGCUCCAUCCUCAUCAUCCUUCUACCAAUAUACUCACUAUUUCUCCUCUGGACGUGUCCAAACCAUCUGAGUCUGCUCUCUCCAACUUUGUCUCCAAAACAUCUACCCUUAGCUGUUCCUCUGAUGAGCUAAUUUCAAAUUUUAUCCAACCUGGUCACUGGUUAUCCAACCUGGUCACAACCUGGUCAACCUCAACAUCUUCAUUUCUGCCACCUCCAGCUCUGCUUCCUGUUGUAUCUUCAGUGCCACUGUCUCUAAUCCGUACAUCAUGGCUGGCCUCACCACUGUCUUAUAAACUUUGCCCUUCAUCCUAGCAGAGGAUGAAGGGCAAAGUUCCUCCACCCGUUCCAACCUGCUUGGACCCGUUUCUUCACUUCCUGACUACACUCACCAUUGCUCUGGACUGUUGACCCCAAGUAUUUGAAGUCCUCCACCCUUGCUAUCUCUUCUCCCUGUAGCUUCACUCGUCCCCCUCAACCCCUGUCAUUCAUGCACAUAUAUUCUGUUUUACUUCGGCUAAUCUUCAUUCCUCUCCUUUCCAGUGCAUGCUUCCAUCUUUCUAACUGUUCCGCCACCUGCUCAAUGCUUUCACUGCAGAUCACAAUGUCACCUGCAAACAUCAUGGUCCAUGGGAAUUUCAGUCUAACUUCAUCUGUCAGCCUAUCCAUCACCACUGCAAACAGGAAGGGGCUCAGGGCUGAUCCCUGAUGCAGUCCCACCUCCACCUUAAACUCCUCUGUCACAGCUCACCACUGUUCUGCUGCCCUCAUACGUGUCCUGUAUUAUUCUAACAUACUUCUCUCCCACUCCAGACUUCCGCAUGCAGUACCACAGUUCCUCUCUGGAACUCUCGAGCCACAAAGACACAAUGGAGCUUUUUCUGACCUUCUCUGUACCUUUCCAUCGACAUCUGCAAGGCAAAUAAUGCAUCUGUGGUAAUCUUUCUAGGCAUGAAGCCAUACUGUUGAUUGCAAAUAUGCACUUCUGUCCUGAGUCUAGGCUCCACUACUCUUUCCCAUGGCUCAUCAACUUUAUUCCGCUAUAGUUCCCACAGCUCUGCACAUCACCCUUGUUCUUAAAAAUGAGCACCAGCACACUUUUCCUCCAUUCCUCAGGCAUCAUUUCACCCAUUAGAAUUCUGUUAAAACAAGAUGGUCAAAAACUCCACAGCCACCUUUCCUAGAUGCUUCCAUACCUCCACAGGAAUGUCAUCAGGACCAAGUGCCUUUCCAUUUUUCAUCCUCUUUAGAUGCCUUUCUUACUUCCUCCUUACUAAUCAUUGCCACUUCUUGGGCCAUCAUACUUGCCUCUUCUACUCUUCCUUCUCUCUUAUUUUCCUCAUUCGUCAACUUCUCAAAGUAUUAUUUCCAUCUAUCCAGCACACUGCUGGCACCAGUCAACACAUUUCCAUCUCUAUCCUUAAUCACCAUUACCUGCUGCACAUCCUUCCCAUCUCUAGCCCUCUGUCUGUGUUUGGGAUUAUUGGAAUGCUGAAAGACCCAGCCAUGUUUCAUCUUCAGUGCCCUUGGUGAUGGAAGGACGUUUUCCCUCAAAAUCUCACAAUACAUGGUCCCAUUCAUUCUUUCCUUUACAUGGAUCAGUCGUCCUGG